AAUAAAACUAGUGAUGUUUUCGCCGCGGGCGGAGUCAUUAGGAAACGUCCUGAGACGCCCAUGGAAAGUGAAGAGGAACCAGCAUCGAAGCGAAUCAAGCUGUCCACUAACAGUGCCAACACUUUCAGGGCCUGCGCUGUAAGGAACGUAAGUCAAGUUAAACGUAAUACGAGAGGCAACUGGAGGCAACUGCCCUAUGUUGUGUUAAAGAAGAUUUACUCUCUGCUGCCCAACAAGGAUCGCUUCAACAUGUCCUUGACCUGCCGAGCUUGGGGUGACCCCCUGACGACUCCCUCCAUCUGGAGGAGUCUUAAGUUCAAGUUGGACAGAAUAGAAGACGGGAGGACGGAGCAGUUUGUGAAGAAGGUGUUGCCAUAUUCUGUCAGGUACCUCAGCAUUGACUGCGCAGAAGCUAAAGAUGCCGUUAUCAGAGAGAGAGACUCCUUGGCGUAUUUGCAGGCGCUAUUACGCUACUUUGUAGAGCAGAAGACAGACAAGCUCGUGUCUCUACGGCUGGCCAACCUGAGUCGAAUUGUGGUUCGGUUGGCCAAGUUCAGCAAACAUAAAGAUCUGAUGUUCACGCUGCGCCGCUUCCUAGAGAUACAAACACGGUUGAAUGUCCUGAAUUUGUCAUGCGCUGGUUUUACCCUGGAGCAAGGUACUGCCAUGCUGACCAAGGUGGGCCGCUCUUGCGGAUCCAAAAUAGAAAAGUUGAUUAUUGAUGGCUUGUUCGCACAAGAAGAAAAUAAAGAUCGUGCGGCAGUCGUGUUACUGGAGCCAUUCAGAUUAUUUACGGAAGUGACGUCAUUGACGCUGAGCUAUGAAUACCUCUGUGACGAUGUCCUGGAUGCAUUCGUCAGCUAUGGUCAGCUGGAGCAGCUACGUAUUUACGUGGAAGAUGUCAGUCGUCUGGAUCGGCUUACAAGCGAGUCCUGGCAAGUACUUCGAGAUGAGUGCCCCAAUUUGGAGGUCCAUUUCGUCUUGCGUAACGUCUUUCACCACCUGAAAUUCAAGAGAAUCAUGCUGCAUGGCAUCCCGCUGGUUUCACUAGACUGGGAAUUCAAGAAGGACCUCUCUGACAGUGACUGGGAUGAUCAAGACGUGUGUUUAUGUAUGAAGUAUACAGCCAUACACUUCCAUAGCACAAUACGUCACAUCAAUCUAACUGUGGAGUUUUGCUUCUUUGAGCUCAGAUUGGUGUUUUUGGAGAUUGUCAAGAGGUGUUUGAAAAUUGAGACAGUGUCCCUCAAUGUACCGUACGAUCUUUGUUUUAAGAGGAUUUUGGCCUGCGGUACACUCUGGGCCUGCAUUGAACAGCCCAGGACUCGGCUCCGGGAAUUGAACUACAAUGGGGUCAAUAUCCACCUGGUUGGAUCAAAGAUGCACAUGUCAAUCAAACGGUUGAUAGAAAUCACUACUGUUGAAAAAAGUCCUUUCCACAACUUAAAAGGAAUGAUUAGCUUAGGCAUACGUCUGCCUCGUUUUAGAAGAUGAGGAAUAGAGCCUGUUAUUUCAACGCCACUUUGUGGCUGCCUGAUUGCCAUAAGUAAUAGAGCCUGUUAUUUUAACGCCACUUUGUGGCUGGCUGAUUGCCAUGAGUAAUAGAGACUGUUAUUUCAACGCUACUUUGUGGCUGCCUGAUUGCCAUAUUUUGUUAUUAUCUCAUUUAGCUAUUUAUAUAUGUAUUGUUAUGUUGAGAGUGAUAGAUGGAAUGAAUAUUUUAUAUCACUUUUUAUUUUACUCAUAUGAAUACCCACGCCUAAUAGUUCUAAACUCACCUUUAUAAUAAAAAAUAUUCUUUAAUG